AUAUGUGAUUCGAGAAUUUUUGAUGUGUCAUGCUGUCUUUCGCUAUUUUACGAUAUAAAAAGAGCGAGCUGUGUAAAGGGCUGAAUCAGUAAGAAUCCUUUAUUUCGACUGCAGCUACCCAAUCGAAUACAAAGCAAGUAAGUAGCAUUGAAGAAUAAGCUCUUGUCGAAAUUGAGAGUUUUAAUAGACUCGUAAAAUUAUAAUUAAAUUUAUAAUUACACAAAUUUUACAAAUAAUAAUUCAAGUAGACAUUUUAUUGAUAUAUUUUCUUUCUGUGUGUAUAAAAUCAAAACCACUACCAAAACAAAAUGUCACGCAGUUUCGAAUUUCAUUUUGUUAUGCUUUGGAAUACAAAAUAGCUGCAUUCGCACAAUUAAGAAGAUUGACAAAAUUUCCUACAUUCCCAAUACAAAUUGUUCGUUUUCUAAAUAUCAAAUAAUUGAUGGUAAACGCAAAGAAAAAAUCGGAUUUAAGAAUUAGUUAAUUGGAGUUCAUCUGAUCAAAUUACCCUUUCGGAAAUAUUCUGACGGGACAACCAAUCGAUUGAUUUUUAACUGCAAUCAACUUGUGAUUGCAGUAAACUAUGAUGACUGUUCUUGUACUGAGUCGAAAGUCGACUGGCUAAAAGUGGAUUACCCAGUACAAAAACAUUCAUCAUAGUUGACUGCAUUCAAAAGUUGAUUGCAGUUAAAAAUGUCCCGAGCGACUGGCUAAAAUUUCAUCGAAGUCGACUGUUUUUCCUUACAAAACACAUUUGCUCAGUUAACUAAAGUCGCUUAUAGGUAGAUUUGGGAUUUCAGUUACAGUCAGACAUUUUUUUCGACACGGCUAGUGCAAUAAAGCUCUGUUUGGACGCUAAAAUUAGUCGGGGUUUCAUCUAAAAUUUAUUGCACCCAUCGAUUUUCAUCUGAAUAAAUCCACAAAUUUUGAAGUUUUCAGUAAAACAAAAUGGAGCAAAAUUUGGUAAAGACUCAAAUAGAUGAACAUUUGAUGACAAUCCAGCGUAAUACCGAGGCUACAUUGAAUCGUUUCGAAAGAUCUGGUUUGACAGUUGACAAGAUGUUUCUUGAUUAUCUCUUGAAGCUGUCUGUUGAUCGCUUGACACAAACAUGCGACCGAUUUGAAACGGACGCAAAAUAUAAAAUGUCAUGCACCGUUACUGCCGCGAUGUCUCCAACUUCGGGAACAGAAAAUUCAACUCCAUCUUUAAUAGAAGAAAUUGGUGAUUCAAUGGGAAAAGGUGAAAAUUCAGUGAAACGUAAGGCGGAUGAUGCGAUGAAAGGCGAAAAUGAGCUGUUGAAAAGGCAAAAAACAGUGGAAAAAACGGUGAAUAACGAUAAAAACGAUACCACUGACCAGAGUCAACAUCUGAAACGCACCAUUUUCUUCUGUGUUCAUUGUUUGGACGAGAGAAAUCCAAUUAAGUCCUUCAGUGGAACAGUCGAAGAUGUGACUUAUCACUGGUCAAAAGAACAUUCGACUGAAUCGAAGCCAUUCCAGUUUUACGCCGUUGCUUUGCUCGAUUGUUUCUAUUGCAAAAAGGUCGGUUCCUAUCAUGAUUUGAUAAAGCAUCACAAGGAAAAGCAUGCAGAUACCCAGUUUAUAAUUGUAGAGCAAGUAGACCAAACAAAGUGCGGAAUGUGUCACUUCAAAGACGGUGAUUUGAGUGAACAUUUUAAAGCAAAACAUGAUGUGAACUCAACACCAAAGAUAUUCAAUCCGAUUUGCUAUUCGGAAGAAAGAAUUGCCGAGUUUUUGACAAUUAAUGUGGCGAAAAAACAUCAAUGCGAUGCAUGCAAUCAAAUAUUUGAAACACAAGAUGAAAUUGGUGCACAUUUCCAAAAUUUUCACAACAGUCGAGCGGUUCAAUCGAAGAAAUUCGUUGACAAUCGAAUCACACCAGAUCAUUUGAUUUGCGGUCAUUGCCAUAAAAAAGUCGAUAGCAAUCGAUAUUUGAAUCAUCUAUCGGAGCAUACCGUUAAUUUUCGUUGCACAAUGGUCAGUGUGUGCAAGUAUGAAUCCGUGCACCUGUCUCAAAUGGCAUUCCAUGAAAAAAUUGUUCACGACAUCGAUUCUUUGAACUAUCAUUGCUCCAUAUUUCCCGGUUGGAUGAAGAAGAAACUCUUCAACACAAAUAUGGUGUUCAGCAAUGGAUUGGUGUUAAAAACGUACAAUUUGCUCGGCACAACGUUUGAUGAUAGCAAAUUGUUGGAUAAGUUUAUUCAAAAGUUUUUGGAGAAGGAAAAACAGCAAGCAAAACAAAUGAUUGAGGCACAUGGCGAAGGCAUGAAUUUGAAUGGGUCAUCGAGUGAUGAAAAUAGGUAUCGGGCUGCGAAUGGAACAAACUUGAAUAGUGUUCCAAAUGAUGGAAAUUUGAAGGAGGCUCCAAAUAACGCAAAUCCUCCAUUUGAGACCACCACGGUAACAUUGAAUGAAGAAGCUUCUGCGAUAGCAUUGAAUGUCAACCGACAGAAUGACCAACCGAAUAUUGAACUCCAUGAGGUUGAAAAUGACGCGAGUGGAAGUGAAACUGAUUCAAUAAGUGAACCAAUACUGAUGACGGCAUUGAGAGAUCAGCAAAAAUUGAUCAAAAACCUGUAUGUCCAAGGAAUCCCACGUAGUAUGAACAUCACAGAUCGAAAUGGAACUUUUCUCAAACUAUGUAAGCAAAUGGAAGUGGACAUUUCUCAUAGCAAUAUUCAGUCAAUUGAUCAGUGUAAAAAAGGUUUUAUUGUGAAAUUGCAUCGCAUGGACACAAAAAAUUUGAUUAUGAGCCAAACACGCGAUAAAUUUGUUUGGUCAAAUGAACUGUUCAAAUUAACUGGAAGCCAAAAACCAUGGAAGGUUUAUAUUAAUGACCAGAUGACCCAUUUCUACGCAAAAAUGUGGUUUGCUGCAAUGGAUUUGAAACAAAAACGGCAUUUGCAUUCAUAUAAGUUGACCAAAGAUGGAUUUGUGGUGAAACGAACAUCAAGGGACGAUGAACGGGUCAUUUUGUCCGAAGAACAGCUUCGCGAGUAUAUCAGACCGGUACAUGGUCGAAGAAGUCAAACGUGAUGGAGAGGGUAAUCUGGACUUAUCCGUCUAUGCACCGGUUUGAUCGAAAAUGACCAAAAUUCGGACGCAGUUUCAGUAUAGAUUAAGCCAAUUUUUGAUAUACCUUUAACCGUUUUGUAUGAAGAAAAUUCAAUUUUUUGUUCACAAUUUUCAGUCACGUCCAUAUAGGAUGGAAAUAAUUUUCAAGCACUUUUAUGAGUGUAUAAAAAUAAAAUGUAUUCGAAUUUGAUCUUCAAUAAAUGGACAGCGCGAAUUUAAAACUUGAAUUAAUUUGUUCAAAAUUAA